AUGGCCGAUCCUCACCCCGAGAGGUUGGACCUAGACACCCUGGCGGUGGCUGACAGCCAGCCUGAGACACUGCAGUGCUGCUGUGGAAAUACGGACUGCGUCUACUUGAAGCACAACUGCUCUGUUCUUGACAGCGUCGAAAAGGAUGUCCACACAGCUGCAAAGCUGGGCCAGGCCCUUCUCGCGCGCCACGAGGCAUACAUGGAAUCGGCCGAGCGCGAUCGAUUCGAGAUGCAGUCGCGCAUCGAGCAACUCGAAACGGAGAAGAGGACGCUGGAAGCCGAAAACGCGAGGACGAUACAGGAGAACCGCGCGCUACUUGACCAGCUCGAAUCCUUCAACAACUCUGUCAUCGAUUCCGAGACACAAAUCAGGAGCCUCGAGGCAACACUGCAGAGCUCAGAACAGGCGAUCCGGAAGCUGCAAGGCGCCGAGGCGCGAGCAACUGCAAUGGAAGACCAGAUCGCCGAUUUGGAAGCAGAGCAGGAGUCCUUGCGCAAUACCCUGGUGACAACCGAGGGCGAGGCUAGAUCGGCCAUGCAGAGGUGGCGCAGAGCGGAAAAAGGCAUCUCAGACCUGCAAGAAAAGUUGGAGAAGAUAGAGAGGGAAGCCUGCGAAGAACGAGAACGUCACGCCGAGGUGCUGGCUCGAAUGGAGAAGCAACGCUCUAUGGAGAAGGAUCUCAACACGGCCGCUGGAAGGCUCAAAGGCGCAGCCGCCGCGAAGACGAUCGGCGACGGCAGCGGAGGCACAGUUGUUUCGCACUUUGUGCGCGACCUACUGCAGGACAAUGCGAAUUUACAGGUGGGCAUGGCAGAGCUGCGCGAGUUGCUACUGAAUUCGAACGACGAGAUACAACACCUGCGCGAGCAGCUCAUCUUCCACCAGCCCGUGGAAGACAGAGAGAACAGUGCAGCAAGCACACUGAGGGCCGAACUGGACUCCGACGAGAGAGAGCCUCAGUCACCCACGUCGCCGAAAUCGCCGGAGUCUCACCAGAGAUCGCGGCCAGCAGCAUCGGUAUCGCAGGAGUUGCACAUACACCAUCAUUACCAUGUCGCGAAGCCGGUCGAGCCCAAGAAGCCCAAGAAGAAGCGGCAAAAUUUGGUCCCUAGCUCUGGUGACGCUGCGCCUAAUGUGCCAUUCACUCCCUACUACGACGACUGUUAUAACACGAACACGCGCCCUCGCUUGCACCGCGCUGCGUCAUCCGAAUCUAUCAUGUCUCUCACUGGAGGACUUGACAUACACACGCUCAAAGCCCGCCCGAGUCAACUUUCAUUUCGACCCCUGGGUGCCGCAAUGGCCGACACUGGACUCAGUGCCGUCACCGCCCGACCGACAAUCGCCAGGGGCAGGAGUGGUAGCAUGACCUUGCGGGACAAGCUUAGCAACCCGAAUUUCCGCUCUGGGGACCGCUCCGCCUCAGCUUCACUCGCAUUAUCCUCACUUGCGAACACACCAGAAGUCCCUCAACGAUCAGCAUCCAGCCUCGGCUUUGGAAAGCUUGUAGGCUGGCGACCGUGGGCAAGCGCGAAUAAUAAGGGCCUCGACAGCGCCACGAACACGCCCACAUCUGACAGAAGCAGGAGCGCGUCGCCGAACCCUGCGUCGGUAUCAUCGCCUGCCACGUCAGUCAUUGACGUGCCUCAAGGUUCCAGCAAAGACAGUUCCAAGAAGCCGGCCCCUAAAGAGCUCGCCUUCUCGCCACGUACUUUUGGCAUCAAUCAGCCUGGAGCCAUCCCGGGCUUCCAAGAGUACCUCGCUUAUCAUCAACGACGAGGACCGCAGGCCAAGGUCGUCCCCGAUGUUGUUGACCACGAGGCGCUGAGGGAGAUCUUGGAAGAGGAAGGCCUUUAG